CAGCCAAGUAAAUCAACUAACGAAUUCCAAAUUAAAAUAUUUAAUUCCGUGGCAAGCUAAGACUUUAUCAAAGAUUUGUCCCCGCAAAAAAGGAGUGCAAAAUUUUCGCUGUUAUACAGAAAGCCAGACCCCUACAUAUACACAUAUAUAUAUAUAUAUAUAUGGCAGCCUUUACCCAUAUAUAAUCAAGAAUCCUUUAAUUGAGUCAAGAAAAAGCUACGCGAAUGUGCGCUUUUGGUUACUUAUUGUUUUUCGCCCUAUUGUUAACCACAAUUCUGGUGCUGUCCAUCAUAUUUGCCACCACCUCCAAGCGAUCCAUGUUGGAUAGCUUUAUACUAGUAUUCAAUUACACACAAGAACAACAGCCAGACCAAGAAAUGCAGCAGCAGCAACAACAAAUGGACUAUCAGCAGCAACCACAGAUGUUCUUAAAACAGAAAAUAUUUUGAGUUCUAUAAGUUGUACAUAUAGUAGGGGCCCCGAAAAAAAUAAAUAAAACGAAACAGAAAAUCAAUUGGACACUAGUGUGCGCGAGUUAAAGAAUUUCAUUGCUAGUCAAGUGAAAUAACUACUGGUGAAUAAAUAAAUAAAAUAAAGAGUGAAUCUUACAAAAAAAACAAUAAAAAUAAUACAAUUUCAAGGAACUAUUACUAAU